AUUGCUGAGAUUUGGCAAACUCUUCACCCAAAGUUUGAUGAACUUCUGGGCAUAGCCAGAGGUUCCAGUGUCGUCCUUUUGGAGCGAACGGGGAAGAAGAGUGGAUUCAGAGACAAAGAUGUAUGCGGCUUCUGUCCUUAAAGUCACUACUGUGUAGAAGGAGGACCAGAGAAACUGAACUUGGUUGUUAACACGAGUGCUGUUGUGAACAAAGAGAUCCAACAAGCGGGGAAGGAUGCCAUUUAUUACAGAGAUGCUGGCAGGUACCUGUGUGAUUUUGUGUAUUACUGCUCACUGUAUCACGGUCAGAGGAGAGCGGCACUCAUCCACAUGCCCUCAUCUGGCAGCCUGACCUCGGCUGACAGAAUGGUUCCUCUGCUGCAGACCCUCAUUCACACGAUGCUGUCCCAGCUGGAGGACCCUUUAGAAACGGCAUGA